AAUUCCAGCGCUGCUAUUCCACGAAAAUAAUUUCUUGGCAUUUUGUGAGAAACGACUUAACGGAACGAAAGACUAUGGACCAAUGAACAUGGUGUUGCGAAGGGGAUGUUUAAGUGAUGAGGGUAUUAAUUGGGAACCUGAGGUUAAAUUGUACCCUGAAAACGACUCUAAAGAUACCGAUAAAAAGAGACCAAUGAAUCCUGUUCCUAUUGAUGUUGGGAAAAACCACAUCAUCUUGAUGUUUAAUACCUAUCCGGAAAACACUCCAUCAUCAGUUAUGCAACAGAGCAAUACACGUCUGUGGCAGAUACGAAUAAAACACAGCUAUGAUGGAGGAAAGACUUGGUCUAUCUCUCAACAGCUUCCAGUUGAUCACAUAUUUUCAGAUUCCAAGAAGAGGCCUAUUCCAUCUUACUGUGCUGUUGGGCCUGGACAUAGUAUCAAAUUGGAAUCUGGAAGAUUGGUUGUUACUGGAAAUAUUGCCUGGCCAAAGUCAGUAGGAGAAAGUAAGCGUUUUAAUGGUUGGAACUAAAGAAUGAUUGGCAGUCAAUGAAAGUAAAAUUAAAAUUAAUAGUCAAUGAAAGUAAAACUAAAGAAGUAAUCUUCAAUUCACUGAACUUCAUAGUGUUCAAUGUCUUGUCAAUAAGGCCUGUAGAUUUUUAUAAUUGAUGGUAUAUAAAGAAACAAGUACAAGCAAUAAUGAAAGAUAAGAAUCAUUAUUUAGUUGGUUAAGAUCUGGUAGACAUUUCAUUGAUGUUCUAUGUAAUGAAUAACCUUUGAGCAAUUAACAAAUAAACUAUGAAUGAAUUUGUAAGUAUAAUAA